AUGCCAGGGACACUCUUGCCCCCGAGAUCAAACCGGCAGCACGCACAGAUGGACCGAUCAUCUGCGUCCCGGCCGGAUCUCUACCUGAUUGCUGACCAGGACACGGUAUAUGAGCAAGAUCUUCUCCGGGAUGCCGGCAGUGUCAAGCCAUGGCUCGCCUACAUCGAAUUUAAGCAGCAGAGUGGCACGCUCUAUGAGCAAGCCUUUAUCAUGGAGCGUGCCUGCAGACAAUUGCCCCGGUCAUACAAGCUAUGGAAGAUGUACCUGGAGUUUCGAACGAAGCACCUCAAUGGCCGGAGUGCAACCGUUUACCGAGCCGAGUUUCAGAAAGUGAAUGCCCUCUUCGAGCGAGCGCUUAUCCUUCUCAACAAGAUGCCUCGCAUUUGGGAAAUGUACCUCGCCUUUUUACUCCUGCAGCCUUUGGUGACCCAGACCCGGCGGACCUUCGACCGUGCCCUGCGCGCCUUGCCUGUUACCCAGCACAACCGGAUCUGGAGACUCUACAAGGGUUUUGCACGCUCUGCUUCUGGCCAGACUGCAGUGAAGAUUUGGGCUCGGUAUAUGCAGAUCCACCCUGAGAAUGCCGAGGAAUAUAUUGGGCUUCUGAUUGAAAUGGGACAAUACACCGAAGCCGUGAAGAGGUUUAUGGAGAUCCUCGACAAUCCGCGAUUCCAGUCCAAGAACGGGAAGAGCCACUUCCAGCUGUGGACCGAGAUGGUCGACCUGCUAGUAUCCAAGGCCAAGCACAUUGAAACCGGCCAUCAGGUCGGCAUUGAUGUGGAUGCGAUUUUGCGAAGUGGCAUCGAUCGAUUUGCCGACCAAAGAGGAAAGCUGUGGGCUGGUCUGGCAACCUACUGGAUCACCAAGGGAAACUUCGAAAAGGCACGGGAUGUCUUUGAGGAGGGAAUUACUACCGUCAUGACAGUCCGUGAUUUCACCCUUGUCUUUGACUCCUAUGUCGAAUUUGAGGAAUCUGUCAUUGGCAAUUUGAUGGAAGCCGCAGCUGUCCGCUCCGCGAAGGACAAAGUUGACGAAGAAGCCGAUUUUGACCUAGAUUUGCGGAUGUUGCGGUUUGAGCAGUUGAUGGAUCGGAGACCCUUCUUGGUCAAUGACGUGCUUCUGCGCCAGAACCCCAACAAUGUCAUUGAAUGGGAGAAACGGGUGGCUUUGUGGGGAGAUAACAAGCAAGAGGCUGUCCAGACCUACACGGCUGCCAUCGCGACGAUCAACCCCAAGAAAGCCCACGGAAAGUUCUCGGAGCUUUGGGUCAAUUACGCCAAAUUCUACGAAAAUGGUGGAGACCUGGACACUGCGAGAGUCAUAUUCGACAAGGCCGUUAAAGUGCCGUUCAAAUCUGUGGUCGAGCUGGCCGAGACAUGGUGCGAAUGGGCAGAAAUGGAGCUUCGCAGCGAAAACUUCGACAGGGCUGUUGGCAUCAUGGCAAAGGCCACCCAAGCACCCAAGAAAUCCACUGUGGACUACUUCGACGAGAACCUGUCCCCACAGCAGCGGGUGCACAAGAGCUGGAAGCUGUGGAGCUUCUACGUCGAUCUCGUCGAGAGUGUCUCAUCCCUGGAAGAGACGAAAAAGGUCUAUGAGCGGAUCUUUGAGCUGCGCAUUGCCACACCUCAGACGGUCGUUAACUUUGCCAAUCUCUUGGAAGAGAACAAGUACUUCGAGGAUUCUUUCAAGGUAUACGAACGGGGCCUUGACCUCUUCAGCUACCCGGUCGCCUUUGAACUCUGGAAUUUGUACCUGACAAAGGCGGUUGACCGGAAGAUUGGUAUUGAGCGACUUCGAGACCUGUUUGAACAGGCCGUGGAUGAAUGCCCACCCAAGUUCGCCAAGCCACUCUACUUGAUGUACGGCAACUUGGAGGAGGAGCGCGGUCUUGCACGCCACGCCAUGCGGAUCUACGAGCGCGCGACGCGGGCCGUUUCCGACGAGGACCGGUUCGAAAUGUUCGAAUUCUACAUCACCAAAUCCGCAUCGAACUUUGGCCUCACGUCCACGCGGCCGAUCUACGAGCGUGCUAUCGCCGCCUUGCCGGACCAAGAAGCGAAGGAGAUGUGUCUCAAGUUUGCCGAAAUGGAGCGGCGACUCGGCGAGAUCGACCGCGCGCGUGCAAUUUACGGCCACGCAUCUCAAUUCUGCGACCCGCGCACGAAUGCCGUCUUCUGGCAAAAAUGGGAGGCUUUCGAGGUGCAGCACGGAAACGAAGACACCUUCAAGGAGAUGCUUCGCAUCAAGAGAAGUGUCCAGGCUCAGUACAAUACCGACGUCAAUUUCAUCGCUUCUCAAGCUAUCGCCCGCAGUCAACAGCCUCCCCAGGGGGGUGAGCAAGGCGACGCCGCAGGAGCAGAAGAGGGCCAAGAGCAGGCUGAUGUUAUGGCUGCGCUGGAGCGCCAGGCUCGGGCCCCUGUCGGAUUCGUCGCUGCCAGCACCGGUCCCGAGGGUGGCAAUCGCCCUCCGCCUGCAGACGAAGCACCGCCGGCAGCGCCGGCCAACCCCGACGCGAUCGACCUUGACGACGAAAUGGAUGCUGAUUAG